UAUAUUUUAUGUUCAAUCAAUUAAUGCAGUGGCCCAUAUACAAACGACGCCGUUUUGUUAAUUAUUCUUUAUGUUGAAAUUUUUCAUUUGCGUCCGCUUCAGGAGACACAAAUUUUGAAAUUGAAAAUUCCAGUACGAAGAGCUGCGUUGAAGGCAGAACAUCAGGAUACGAAUAUGAAUUCAUGCGUAUUGCCCACACCCGUUCCCGACGAUGAUGGUGACAAACGCUGGCAUAGCAUUCAUCGUCGGUUUAUUUCCGAUUGCCGCGAAAAAGAUCCCGACGUAAUUUUUAUAGGAGAUUGCAUAUUUGAGACGCUACAAGAUACGGAGACAUGGAAUCAGUAUUUUGCACCAUUGCAUUGCCUCAACUUCAGUAUACGAGACGAUUGCACCGAACAUGUUCUAUGGCGUAUCGAAAAUGGAGCGUUGGACAAUGUUAAUCCGAAAAUAGUUGUUCUGCACGUUGGUACCAACAAUGUCAACAGCAGUGCUGACGAAGUAGCAGAAGGUAUUCUCGCAAAUGUUGCCAAAAUACGCCAGAAACUCAACGGUGCCUAUGUCAUACUUCCUUCUCUGCUCCCAAGAGGUCAACAACCUAAUAAACUUCGCGACAAAAAUGCCAAAAUUAACGAAUUGGUUAAAGAGAUGACUAAGGGCAUGGAUCGCGUACAGACAGUUGCCAUCGACAAGGGUUUGGUACAGGGUGACGGUACCAUAAGUCACCACGAUAUGUUUGACUAUAAGAACCUUACGAAUACCGGAGCCAAAAAAAUUCUCGAGCCGCUUUACGAAUUGCUUUCGCAAAUCCUUAACGAAAAUGAGCUGGAACGCGAUCUAACUCCAUCGGAAUAGGAAAA